AUGAAAUACUUAACUUUAGCUAUCAUCUCUUUAAUUGCUAUAAGCUUUGUUAAUGCUGACACUGUAGCAAAUUGCACUACUAAAGUUGGAUAAUUUCCUGAUUGUGUAAAUGCUCCAAAUACCACAACAUGUUCACUUGAUACAUAAAAGUAUACUUUGUGUAUUAAAAAUUCAUGUGACUCUAAUGGUUCUACAUCAACUCUUGCAAGCUGUAUAACCACUUGUGGAUAAAACCUUUCUGAUGCAACUGUUUUAGCCUAUAUUAAGAAUGCAGCCGCUUGUCUCAAUAGCUCUAUCUUAGCACUUUCUUUAACUAUUUUAUCUAUUUUUGCUUUAAUUUUCUGA